AUGGAUACAUCAGAGUGGGAUUCCCUUGAACAACCAUCCAUUUCCCCCUAUUAUACUUCUACCUUUCAUUCUCAUAUCAAAUUUGGUUUUAAAAACAUGUCAUCUGACGAUAGCUCCAACUCUUCUAAUUCCUCUUCCAAUUCAGAAAAUAGCCAAACCCAACGAUAUGAAAGACGAAGGCAAGCCAAUCGCCAGUUCGAUCGAAUGAUGGAUGAAGUUUUUAUGUCCAAUCCAAUUGAAGUAUAUCAAAUGUUUAAUCAAGUGCCAAGGCCACUAAGGGUUCCCGUUCCAAGGGAUCGUGAGGAUGGACACAGUCGUUUAUGGAAUGACUACUUUACCGACCAUCCUGUGUUCCCUCCACAAUUAUUUCGUCGGAGAUUUCGCAUGAACAAACAUAUAUUUCUCCGAAUUAAGCAAACUUUAGAAGAACGUCAUCCCUUCUUCCAGCAAAGACAAGAUGCUACAGGAAGAUUUGGUGCCUCUGCAUUACAAAAAUGCACCGCGGCAAUGAGACUAAUAGCUUAUGGCACCUUCGCUGAUUCUGUGGAUGACUACAUUCGGAUUAGUGCAUCUCUUGCAAAAGAUUCACUUCACCAUUUUGUGGAAGGAAUAGUCUCUUACUUUAGUGAUGAAUACCUUCGAAAGCCCAAUGAAGAAGAUCUAGUAAGACUACUAAGGAUUGGUGAACGUCGUGGAUUUCCUGGCAUGUUAGGUUCUAUUGAUUGUAUGCAUUGGAGGUGGAAAAACUGUCCACUUCGAUUAAAAGGUAUGUUUUCUGGAAGACCAGGUAAACCCACAUUAAUCUUAGAAGCUGUGGCAUCAUAUGAUCUUUGGAUCUGGUAUGCCUUUUUUGGGACACCAGGUAGCCGUAAUGAUAUUAAUGUUCUUGAUAGAUCCCCAUUGUUUAAUGAUGUUUUUGAAGGUUGUGCAUCCUCUAUUAACUAUGUUGUGAAUGGUCGCACAUACAAUAUGGGAUAUUAUCUCACUGAUGGUAUAUAUCCUACAUGGGCGGCAUUCAUUCCUACAAUAUCACUACCACAAAAUGAAAAAGAAGGUCUAUUUGCCAAAGUACACGAAGCUAAACGAAAGGAUGUUGAGCGUGCUUUUGGAGUAUUACAAGCUCGUUUUGCAAUAAUACGGAAUCCAGCGCUAGCUCGUGACGCAUCAAUGUUAGGAAAAAUAAUGAUAGCGUGUAUUAUUAUGCACAAUAUGAUUGUUGAGGAUGAAAGAGAUACAUAUAAAACGUAUUACGAUCCAAAUGAAUAUGAUCAAGCUACAAAUGCGUCUUCAAGUAAUGAAAAUAAUGAAGAGCCUUUUCAGUUCCAAAAUAGCAACAACCGAAUUGCAAGUUUGGAAACUUACAUGUCUAAUAGAGCACGUGUUCGUGAUGAAGCUAUGCAUAAAGCAUUGAAGAAAGACUUAGUUGAACAUAUGUGGCUCAAAUUCGGUGUUCAAAGUAGGGAAUAUAAUAUGCAUUAA